AUGCCCGAGAACGCGCUGCGCGCCGUGCUGGGCGCCGAGCGCUUCACGGCGCUGGCGCGGGAGCUGGGCGUGCGCGCGGGGGGGCCAGUGCCACCCGUGCACACGAACCCGCCGGCCAACGCAUGCCGCUCGCACUUCGGCAUGAGGGCGCGGGAGCCGACCGUCGAGGCACUCCUGGGCCACUCCCACGCAGCGGCCCUGCGGUUCUCUAAGGAUGGUAGUGCGGCCGUGGAGCUCAGCACAGCCCCGAGGCUCAAUUUUGGGUUGCUCCCUCCCGCGGCCAGGCCGCCCCGAAUCCGCGGCCCCAGGCUCUGCCUUCCCUCCCGCGGCGCCAUGGCCGACUACAACAUCCCGGGCAUCCCCGUCAUCCAGCCGUGCCCCGGCCCCGCUCUCCGAGGAAGGUCAGCUGCCAGGCGACAUGGAGCCCUCCACGCCCGUGGAGCGGUACAUGGACAACAUGAAGCGCUCACCUCUGCCUGUCAACGUCUACGGAGUCGCUGGCGCCGUGUGCGGGACACUCCUCGGGGGCGCCUACGGCGGCGUCGCCGGGGUCGCUGCGGGCCUCUACCUGGAGAGGAAGUGGAAGGGCGAGAAGGGCCCGCAGCAGUGA